CCGAAAUACACGAUUAGAUCCAGGAUUCCACGCGUCUGAACCAUGAUCAGCCUGACGAUACUCCUGGUCCUGGCGGCCGCGGACCAUCUCGCAGGGCACCAAAUAUCGACUGAGGAGCAGUCCCAGGUUCUCCAUCGUCUACUCCGACAAGCUGCCGACGCGAGAACGAAACGUCAGUCUCCGUACAUUCCGUUCGACAAGGACCUGCAGAGGGUCCAAACGGACGGCCCGCACAAAUUCGUGGCCCCCGGGCCGGGGGACCAGCGCGGCCCUUGCCCCGGGCUCAACGCCCUGGCCAACCACAACUACAUCCCGCACAACGGCAUCGCGACCGUCGACCAGUUCAUCGCGGGCACCUACACCGUCUUCGGCAUGGGCGUCGACCUCGCGGUACUCCUCGCCAUUUACGGUGCGGCCUGUUGCGGGAACCUUGUUUCCUGGAGCAUCGGCGGGGCCCCCCGCGGUCUCAGUGCCCUCGGCCUUCUCGGACAGUCUCAAGGUCUCUCCCACAGCCACAACAAAUACGAGGCCGACAACUCCCCGACCCGCGGCGAUCUCUACCUCUACAAGGAAGCCGACGACCUCCAAAUCAACCAAUUCCAGCAACUGAUCGACCUCGCGAACGCGACCAACCCCAACUACGACCUUUCCAAACUCACCCCCUUCCGCGCCCAACGGAUCGCCGACAGCAUCGCCACGAACCCCUACUUCUUCUACGCCCCCUUCAUCAGCGCCAUCGCGGGCCCCGCAUCCUAUACCUUCAUCUACCGCUUCAUGGCCAACAGGACCGCCGAGCACCCCGAGGGGAUCCUAAACCGUCGCGUCUUGAUGUCCUUCUAUGCCGUGAGCGGGACCUCCGGCAACUUCACCUACAGGCGCGGCUGGGAGCGCAUCCCCGACAACUGGUACCGCCGCGCCAUCGGCGACGAGUACACCAUCCCUUUCUACCUGGCAGACGUCGCCGCAGCCGCGAGUCAGUACCCCCAAUUCCUCAGCGCUGGAGGCAACACCGGCAGGGUCAACACCUUCACCGGGAUCGACGUCGGGAACCUCACAAACGGUCUCUACAAUCUCCAAACCCUUCUCGAGGGUGACAAUCUACUUUGCUACCUCUUUCAAACCUUGGAAGUGGCAGCUCUAGACGUGGCUAAAAGGGUCGUUGGGUUUGUUGUCGCUCCUGUGAGGGCUUUGAUAAGGAGGGUGGUAGGGUAUGGUGCCGAGGGUCUCACGUGUCCGCAGUUGGACGGGCUGUAUCCGUCGCUGCUCAGUUCGCUUCCUGGUUAUUCGCAGCUGCGCCCGGACGGAUCUUACCCCCCUCGCUCGCAGGUUGUCAGGGGUAAGGGCUUCGGAAAUGCCACCGGGGCUGCUGUCCCUGUCAAGUAUGAGCCGCCGAGCCAGGGACUCGAACGGACGACCUCUCAACUGUGGGAGUUCAUUCAAGGGAGCACCAUGGGAGCGGCAAAAGCGGAUGGAAGUUGGCGAGACUCCUUCGACGAGCAACGUCGGUUCGACGGGAAGCGCUCCAUACUCUUCUCACGCGGCUCGGGGUGAGUCCGAUGCAACGGGUCAAACACGAAGAAAGAAGAAUGGUUGCUCCUGCAAUGCUCAUCGUGGAUUCCGAAUCUUAUCCACUUUCCUGGUCGUAGUUACAAUUUUACUUUUUUCGUGAGAAUACU